AUGGCCUCACGCACCCCGUCCCUUGAGUCGCUGCCCGGUGCCAACUCUAUAGGUUCGCUAGAGCGUGGCUCCUUAUCGCCCUUGACUUUGAGCGGAUCCUCACCCCCUGCGAGUGAUUCCGCCGUAUGUGACCUUCGUGAGUUCGACGGCCUCGAUACCACCUGCGCAAUCUGCCGAGAAACAUUCGUCGACCCUAAAGUGCUCAACUGCUUCCACACAUUUUGUCGUGGGUGCCUUGAGAGAGAACAAACUCACCCCGAUAAAGUCACCUGCGUUACUUGUCGUGUAGACAGCCAAUUGCCACCUGCUGGUGUACCUGGAUUAUUAACAAACCUUGUUAUUGCUGCAGCCGUAGAACAAGACGCUGACCUUCUACCUUCAGCUCGUCAAACUAGCUCACCCUCAGCCCGCUGUACCGGCUGCAAAUCAAAAGAAUCAGACGCUGUAGCGCGUUGUGUUGAUUGUGCUAACUUUCUUUGCCCCAACUGCGUCAUGGCACACCAAUUCAUGCAUUGCUUUGAAGGCCACCGAGUUUUAGCCUUCACAGACCUAAAAGACGACAAAGGUAUGCUUGGAUCAACAUUAACUACAAGUGGAGACAAAACUGCAUUUUGUCCCAGACACAAAAAUGACAUUCUCAAAUAUUUCUGCCGUACCUGUUCUGUCCCAGUGUGCAAGGAAUGCACAAUCAUUGAACAUCCUGCAGCUUUACAUGACUGUGAACACCUUUCGGAUGCAGGUCCAAAACAAUUAGAACUUAUGCAACAAGCUGUUAAUGAAGCAAAAACUAGAGCCACUGAAAUAAGGCAUGUUGUUAAAACCGUAGAGCAUGCUGCGGGAAAAUUACAAGUACAAUACCAUAAAGCUCAAAAUGAAAUUAAUGAUACUUUCCAAUUCUAUCGAUCAAUGCUUGAAGAACGUAAACAAGAGUUAUUAAAAGAGCUCGAAAGCGUAUUUUCUACUAAACAAAUUGCUUUGACUGUGGUCGGGCAAAAAGCUCAAGAAACAGUUGAUAAAAUCUAUCAAACGUGCGACUUUGUCGAACGAUUGACGAAAUGCGCAAAUAUCGCUGAAAUUUUAAUGUUUAGAAAACUUUUAGACACCAAAUUACAGUCUUUGAUGAGCACUAACCCGGAGCAAAGUGUUCAAACUGCAUGUGAACUAGAAUUUGUUUCCAACUAUCAAGCGAUACAAGUUGGCGUGAGAAACACAUUUGGAUAUGUACGCUCGAGUUCAGAAGCGAAUGUUGGCCCAACUAAGCAACCACCAAUAGCGCGCCCGACAAAUGGUUCACUCUUAAACGGAGGUUCGUCUUCAAGUAGUAGCAGUGUAAAUGGAAGUUCUGGCAGCCUUAACGGUGGCAUUCAUCUACCCACAGGACUGAAUGGAGUCCUAGAUCGCCCAUAUACAAAUGGAUUAUUAGGUCCCACAAGCCAAUCAACUUCUCCAUUUGAUUCAAAUAUCAUCUCAAAGAGAUUUAAUAGUGCCAAUACUCUUGGUCCUUUCUCAACCACUCUUGGCGAUAUGAAUUUAAACGGAAUUAAUCCUUACGAGAAAUGGUCGAACGGUGGUUGCGAUUCACUUUUUCCACCCGCUACUACUGAUCCUUACUCACUUACGACUGCCGCACAUACUGAUCCUAUCCUUGACUUGACAAACAAAUUGAUUUCCACUGCCAUUUUCCCGCCAAAAUCACAAAUUAAACGACAAAAGAUGAUUUAUCACUGCAAGUUUGGAGAAUUUGGUGUGAUGGAAGGCCAAUUCACGGAGCCUAGCGGUGUCGCUGUUAAUGCUCAAAAUGAUAUUAUCGUCGCUGAUACUAAUAAUCACAGAAUUCAGAUAUUCGAUAAGGAAGGCCGAUUUAAAUUUCAAUUUGGCGAAUGUGGCAAACGCGACGGCCAACUUCUAUACCCCAACAGAGUAGCCGUAGUCCGAACAUCUGGUGACAUUAUUGUGACAGAAAGAUCACCAACACAUCAAAUACAAAUCUACAAUCAAUACGGUCAGUUUGUUCGAAAAUUCGGUGCAAACAUUCUUCAACAUCCACGUGGAGUCACAGUCGACAAUAAAGGGAGAAUUGUUGUUGUUGAAUGCAAGGUAAUGCGCGUAAUCAUCUUUGAUCAAGUUGGCAAUGUCUUGCAAAAGUUCGGCUGUUCAAAACACCUUGAAUUUCCUAACGGUGUCGUGGUAAACGACAAACAAGAAAUAUUUAUUAGCGACAACCGUGCGCACUGUGUAAAAGUAUUUAAUUAUGAGGGUAUCUACUUACGUCAAAUCGGUGGUGAAGGAGUAACUAACUACCCUAUCGGUGUGGGUAUCAAUGCUUCUGGAGAAAUCCUUAUUGCAGAUAAUCAUAAUAACUUUAAUUUGACAAUAUUUACACAAGAUGGCCAACUGGUGUCGGCGCUAGAAAGUAAAGUGAAACACGCACAGUGUUUUGACGUAGCGCUUAUGGAUGACGGUUCAGUGGUGCUUGCCAGCAAAGAUUACCGGCUUUACAUCUAUCGCUAUGUACAAGUUCCGCCUAUAGGCAUG